AGUGCAUAGAUGCGCAGGGGUACGAACCAUAUCUCGUAGAGCCUCAGAUAUGCUGAUUGAGAUACCUACCACGCCUUAUGGGGGAACCAUAUAACUUAUAGCUUACGCGUUUCAGCGGCUAAGCAGAUCUCGAUUCCCAGAAAUAUAAAGGCUUUCUCGCAGCACGACUUAUCGGAUACAUCAGCUGAAGACAGUAUUUUCCCUUUAAACUAACUGUUGCUCGUUUCGAAUACCCUCAUCCUUACAAACCAAGACCAACAAUCUACAACAUGGCUGACGAGAGGCCUAGCUUCGUGUUCUAUCGGUAUAGGCCGUCUAUGGCUGCUGCUGUUAUAUUCAUUCUUUUAUUCGCUAUAUCAUCUCUUCUCCACGCAAAAGUACUUUUCCAAAAGAGAAUAUGGUACUUUAUUCCAUUCGUUGUCGGAUGUCUCUUUGAGACCGUCGGCUACAUUGGGAGAGCAAUGUCGUCGCCGGAAUUUCCCAACUUCACGAAAAACCCAUAUAUUAUUCAAUCGAUACUCCUUCUUCUUGGACCCACCCUCUUCGCCGCCUCUAUUUACAUGAUUCUAGGACGUUUAGUCGUCCUUCUCGAAGCCGAGAAAUAUUCGCUCAUCAAGCCACGGUGGUUGACGAAGGUUUUCGUUCUGGGUGAUGUCUUAUCCUUUUUUGCUCAAGGCGGAGGCGGCGGCAUGCUAACGCAAGCGAAAUCUGUGGAUGACGUUCGCCGGGGCGAGGACAUCAUCAUUGGCGGCCUGUGCAUACAAAUCCUCUUUUUUGGCUUUUUCAUGAUCGUUACAUUCGUAUUCCACAAGCGUAUUGCGAAGAACCCUACUCGAAAUGCUCUAGCACUACCUACUCCGUGGAGGAAGCUAAUUCUGGUUCUAUACCUAUCCAGUACCCUGAUCAUGGUCCGAUCGGUGUAUCGCGUAGCAGAAUACGCCUUAGGGUCCGACGGGGAGUUACAAUCCAAAGAGGCCUAUUUGUACUGCUUAGAUGCGCUUCCCAUGCUUAUCGUCUCACUUGCCUACAACUGGUUCCAUCCUAGCAGGGUGAUUAAUCGAGAUGGACACGAACGCAUGUCUGUCACGAGCCUGGAGGUUUUGGGUUGAGAGAAAUUAUCGCUUGGGUAAAUACCUGUUAAUCGGUACAUGCCUAGACUACAGCGGGAAGGGGGUUAACAUAGGCCUAGAAGGUUAACAAAUGGCCAGAGGCAUCUAAAUCAUCUCUUUUUUCAUUCAAAGGGGCAAG